UGAGACCAAAGACAACAUAACCAUCCCUCCUCGUUCAAAACAAAGAUAACCCUAUCCAAGUGAGAGACAGAGAAACAAAAUUGAAGAUUCAAAUGUAAUGAAGACCAAUAAUGUUAAAGCAUCCCUUAUCCUAAUUGAUGAAUCAAAAACUUUUAUUUAUUAUCAACAACAAAAAAACUAUCUCAAAAUUUUGAACAACAUUGAUGCUUGUUUGUGCUAAUUCAUCAUCAUCCCAACCAUGGUCAUCAACAAUCCCCACACUAAUUUUGCUCCCAAAAUGUUCAACCAAACAACACUUGAAUCAAAUCCACGCACGUUUAAUAACAACAGGUUUCAUAAAAAGCACUUCACUCACCACUAAACUUAUCCUCACUUUUGUUUCUUCACCCAAUAAACCUCUCAUUGAAUUUGCUCGUUACAUCUUCUUCAAGAACCAUGCUUUUCGUGUUUCCAAUGACAAAUAUGAAGACCCUUUUCUCUGGAAUGCUGUUAUCAGGUCUUAUUCUCAUGGUAGUGAUCCAAAAGGAGCUCUUUUUUUGCUAUGCUUGAUGAUUGAAAAUGGGUUCUUUUUGGAUAAGUAUACUUUUUCACUUGCUUUGAAGGCUUGUUCUAUGUUGGGUUUGAUGAGAGAAGGAAUGCAGAUUCAUGGGUUGUUGUGCAAGACAGAUUUUGGGUGUGAUGUGUUUUUGCAGAAUUGUUUGAUUGGUUUGUUUAUGAGAUGUGGGUGUGUUGAUUUUGCAAAGCAAGUGUUUGAUAGAAUUUCUGAAAGGGAUUCUGUUUCUUAUAACUCUAUGAUUGAUGGGUAUGUGAAAUGUGGGUUGAUUGGAAGAGCAUGUGAGUUGUUUCAUGGUAUGGAAAUCAAAGAGAAGAAUUUGAUUACUUGGAAUUCAAUGAUUGGAGGGUAUCUUAGAUAUGGUGAAGAUGAUGAUGAUGGGUUGAGGUUUGCUUGGAGUUUGUUUGUUAAAAUGCCUGAGAGGGACUUGGUUUCUUGGAACACGAUGAUCGAUGGUUGUGUGAAGCGUGGGAACAUGGAGGAUGCUCAGGCGUUUUUUGAUAAGAUGCCGAAAAGGGAUUUGGUCAGUUGGGUUACUAUGAUCGAUGGUUACGCUAAAUUGGGCGACAUCGUUGCUGCGACGAGUUUGUUCGAUGGAAUGCCAAGGCGAGACGUCGUAUGUUGUAAUUCUAUGAUGGCUGGCUAUGUUCAGAAUGGGUAUUGCAUUGAGGCUUUGAAGCUGUUUCAUGAUAUGAGAAGGGCGACAGAUAUGUUACCGGAUAAUACGACGUUGUUGAUUGUUCUUACAGCAGUCGCACAAUUAGGACGCGUGGAGGACGGAGUUGCAAUACAUCAGUAUUUAAUUGACAAUGGUUACUCUCUGAGCGAUAAUCUUGGCGUUGCUGUGAUUGAUAUGUAUUCCAAAUGUGGUAGCAUUGAGAACGCUAUAUCAGUGUUUGAGAAUAUCGAUAAAAAAUGUGUUGAUCAUUGGAAUGCUCUAAUUGGAGGCUUGGCAGUUCAUGGAAUGAGUGAAAUGGCUUUGGAUUUUCUUAUGGAAAUGUUUAGACGUUGUAUUCUACCUGAUGAUAUCACAUUCAUUGCAGUAUUGAGUGCUUGUAGACAUGCCGGCAUGUUAAAAGAAGGACUGAUAUGUUUUGAGCUUAUGCAAAAAGUAUACAAGCUGAAACCUAAAUUGCAACACUAUGGAUGCAUGGUGGACAUGCUUAGUCGAGCCGGACACGUCGAAGAAGCUACCAAACUCAUCGAAAAUAUGCCUAUUGAACCAAAUGAUGUGAUUUGGAAGACUUUGCUUAGUGCUUGCCAAAUUCAUGAAAACUUGUCUAUAGGGAAGCCUAUAGCUCAUCAAUUGAUUCAACUGAAGUCAUGCAAUGCAAGCUCUUAUGUGCUACUGUCUAAUUUCUAUGCUAGUUUGGGUAUGUGGGAUGAUGUUAGAAGGGUUAGGUUAGAAAUGAAAGAAAGACAUUUAGAGAAAAUUCCAGGUUGUAGUUGGAUUGAAUUGGGAGGAAUUGUUCACAAGUUCUUUGUACAAGAUAGGACACACCCUCAAGCCACUGAGAUUUAUUCUCUGUUAAGUAAUUUGUAAAUUUUUAAUUUAAAACUCUCCUGUUUUGACAGUAAAUCGUCAAAAUAGCAUCAAAAAUUGUAGGGCGAUUUUAGAUUAGUCUCCAAAAUAAAAAAAUUUAAAAAA